CCGCCUCGCGGCAGUCGCCAUUUUACAGAGGGGACCUGAAAUCCAAAGACACCAGUGUGGGUUUCUCGGCUUCGAGUGGCGAUUGAUAACAACUCAUUUACCAUGGGGAACGUCUUUGAAAAACUGUUUAAAAGUCUAUUUGGUAAAAAAGAGAUGCGGAUUCUUAUGGUGGGUUUGGAUGCAGCUGGAAAAACCACUAUCUUGUAUAAAUUGAAGCUGGGAGAGAUUGUGACCACCAUCCCUACAAUAGGUUUCAAUGUGGAGACGGUAGAAUAUAAAAAUAUCAGCUUCACAGUCUGGGAUGUUGGUGGCCAGGACAAAAUCAGACCUCUGUGGCGACAUUAUUUCCAGAACACCCAAGGUCUGAUUUUUGUGGUUGACAGUAACGACAGAGAGCGGGUCAAUGAAGCCCGAGAAGAACUAACCAGAAUGUUAGCAGAAGAUGAGCUCAGAGAUGCAGUUUUAUUGGUGUUUGUGAAUAAGCAGGAUCUUCCCAAUGCGAUGAACGCAGCAGAGAUAACAGACAAACUUGGCUUACAUUCCCUGCGCCAGAGAAACUGGUACAUUCAGGCUACUUGUGCCACCAGCGGAGACGGGCUCUACGAAGGCUUGGACUGGCUCUCCAACCAGCUCAAAAACCAGAAGUGAUCGGAAGCUCCCCGUGCCCUGUGCAUCGUGGCAAAUCAGCUGGCCCCUUCUGUGUGCAUGUGAGCGUGUGAGGAGCCAAGUGUGGGUGUGCGGCUGGGCGUGGGAGCAGCUUUCUCACACCGUGCCUUAUACAUGCUGUAAGAAAACCGGUCUUACCUAUAAGCAAAACCAGUGUUACAUUUUAAACGCUACCUUCCAUUUUAGUCGCUUUGAUGGUCAGUUUUGCAGUGGAGAGGGGAGUCCCGAGGGCUCACUGGGGCACAGUAGCCAGAGUGGUCUUCGAGGGGGGAAAGGAGACUGUUGGCACCUGGACUGAGUUCAUUUGUGCAGCCCUGGACCUGACCUCUGCGUCCCUGGGGUCCUGUUCGACGUGGGUGUCCUUCAGUGACAAGGAAGGAGCUGCCCUUUGUUCCAUCACAGCUAGAGCUAGCAACUCACUUUGUAAAGCAAGUGAUCCUCGAGAAAGAGAAGGUGCUUGCCCGCCACUGACCUGAAGUUCAGAUUUGAACUUUUCCCUUAAGUUAUAUUCUAGCCCAGACUUCCUGGUUUAACGUACUUUAUUUAAAGGAAUCAGUGAUCUUUUUUUCAUGAGCGUAUCGACUCUGUAACACUAGAGGACUGUCCAGUCCCUCCUUUUCAGUAGUUCCUUCCCUUGUCUCUGACUUGCCAAAUGGAGACCAUUGGGGGUAGUGACCAGUGUGAGGCUCUUACCUGGGGCCUCUCGGGCAGGUGAAGGUCAGGUGAGGAGGUGACGGUCAUGUCUGUGUCCUCACACACCAUCUCAGGUUUCAGGCUCCUGAGACUGCUGCUCCCACUUGUCUGCUGAGUGUUCUCUCCUUGAAGCAGGAGGUUUGCUCCUGCGAUGAAGUCAUCACUGUGUACAGUUACCUUAGUCCCACUCCCGGUUUUAGGUAGUCCUUGCUCCCAGAACCACGUGCCUGUGAGUUCUGAGAGUGCGUGAGAAUCAAGAAGUCAAAUUUGGGGACGGGAUUCCCAGCAACCCCUUGUAUUGCCCCUGAGUUGGUGCUAAAUUUUGCUAUGAAAAAAUGUCUAGUAUGGGCCAUUCACCGUGGCGCUGAUUCCCUCUUCUGGAUGGCAAUAAUGUCUUGUGUGGAAGAUAGAAAUAUGUGGAAAACGUAAUAAACAUGGCUGAAAGCGAGCUCAGCUCUCCCGCAGUCAGAGCUCCUUUGCCAAGACCCGGCCUGAGGCUGUACUCGGCCCUGAGCGCUUCCACCACGCUAUUUACUGUGUAAAAUUUCUCAAAAUCUUACAAGGGGGGAAGACAAGGUGAAUUUAAUGUAAACCUUUGUAAGUGGUACAAUGAAGGUGAUCGGACUAGGAGGAAAUUUCCUACUGUGAUUAAUGUGAGGUGUAAAUGUUUCCCUUUAAAAUGCUGAAAGAAUGUUCAUUGCAAUACUGGCAGCCAAGUCCAGACUUGGUUUUUAAACAAGGAGUA